UUUGUAUUUUGCUUUUAGCUACUAUGGCUGAAUCGGGCGAAAUAACAGCAAGUGAAGUAACAACAACAAACGAAGUAACAGAUAAUAAAUUAUCCCAAAGUUCUGCUUCUGAAAAGAAUGAUUUAUCUAUGCAGCUAGAUGGAGUCUUGUCAGAUAAGGAAGUGGUCGUUAGUGGGCAUAUCCAUUCAACUCCUGGUGCACUGAGAAAGAUCCGUUCCUGGUGGCGAUGUAUUUACAACUGGUUGAGAGGAUUAACAAAGUUCGCAGGUCCAGGCUGGCUAAUAUGCAUUGCCCUCAUAGAUCCUGGAAAUUAUGAAGGAGACAUCCAAGCAGGAGCUGGUUUUGAAUAUAAGCUGAUAUGGAUAAUAUGGUGGUCAAGUGUGGUAGAAGUAUUUAUUCAAAUUUUGACCAUUCGUCUGGGCCUCUAUGCCAAGAUGGAUCUUGCUCAAGCUUGUCGACGGAACUAUCCACGUUACAUUCGUUACAUUUUAUGGAUAUUAUCGGAAGCUGCAAUGAUGGCUACUGAUUUACUGCAAGUCAUUGGAUUUGCUGUUUCUUGUGAAAUUUUGUUCCAAAUGCCACUAUACGCUGGCGUUCUCCUUUCGUUUGCAACUACUUUGUUAAUACUUUCUCUUCAAUAUCUAAAUAUCCAUUAUUUGGAAUUGUUUGUGAUGGUUAUGAUUUUGGUGAUGUCAGUGACUUUCUUUAUUCAAUGGUCUAUGGUAGAUACGAAUGGCACUGCCUUAAUGAGGGGAUGGGUCAUUCCCUCACUUCCAAGUGGUUCUGCUCUAGUAGCACUUUCCCAAAUUGGAGCCUCUGUGAGUCCACAUAAUGUUUUCUUGCAGUCGUCCUUAGUACAAACGAGGCGCGUUGAGUUGACGAAAUCGGCACUACACUCUGCGUACGUGUACAAUGUGGUAGAGUUCAUUUUUCCGAUGGUACUAGCUUUUGUAGUCAAUUUGGCUUUGAUAUCCCUUGCUGCGGUUGGAUUUUAUAAGAACCCGUUGAUCCAGAUAAAACCACAAAAUAUAAGCCUCAUUGACACGUGUAACUUAAUUAAGACGGUCUACGCACAAACUGGUGUUGGGUGUAUUUUAUUUGGUAUUUCGUUAUUAGCUUCUGCUCAAAGUGCCACAGUCUCUGCAACCUAUGCUGGCCAGAUUGUGAUGGAGGGCUUCCUUAACAUUAAAAUUCCACUCUGGUUACGAAACCUCAUGACAAGAACCAUUACUAUAAUCCCGGGUUUGAUUGUUGCAAUCUUUGCAGGAAAUAACGGGUCUGGAUUAGCUCUACUUAUUGGUUCCUCAAUUCUUUCUGGUGUAAUUCCUUUUCUUAUCUUUCCUUUGUUAAAAUUCACACAAUCAGAACGUUGUAUGGGAUCUUUUAGGAAUCCUAAAUGGGUUUCCGUAGUUAUGUGGAUUAUUGGUCUUGGAAUAGCAGUAGCAAAUGUAUAUCUCAUCGCCGGAGCUCAAGGGAAUCGUACUUUACAAUCCGCUCUGUCAUCAUUAUCCGUAGCAAGCAUUUUUGGAAUUAUAGCAACAGUAGUUAUCGGACUCGGAUAUUUGGGACUUUUAGUUUUCUUGAUAUUUUAUCCUGUUCAAUUCGAUAGCUGUGUUCACCAAAUAGAUAAUUGAAAUUCGAGACCUUGCUUCAAAUACGACAUUUUCGCUUGCUUAAUUUUUUUC